UUCUACUCAGAAAAAUGGAAUUCAACGACGAAAUUGAGGACGAUGGCUCCACAGAGAAUGAUCGAAAUCAAGAAAACGUACAGCACGUCGUCGUUUUGAAACAAAGUAAAACCACACCGCAACAAAUACAAACAAUUACCGAAUCGUUUGAAGAAAUUUGUGGGAAAAAAUUGAGCAAACAAGACCUAAAUCUUUUUUGGGAUAAAUUGACAACUGAAUUGAACAACGUUGGUCCCCCAUUCCGUACCAGUGAUGAAUGGCGAAGGGUAUGGAUCAUGCACAAAGCAAACAAGAAGCGCAAGUACACCGGAUCCAAUCAAGGCCAACAGGAUUCGUCGAAACUUAAUGUUGUCAAUGCUGAGAGUUCACACGUUGAAGACCGUGGUCCGUCUGAACUCAUUUUGGAAAAAUUGAAUCACAUUAUCGACCAGCAAAACAAUCAGGACGGUCAUUUCGAUCUAAUUUAUGGCAAACUGAAUCACAUUGAGGAGAAGCAAAACGAAUUCGUCAAUCAAACCGGUGACACAUUGCAACGGGAGCAUUUCGCUGGAGUUCAGCGUUCGAAUAUCAAUGACGGUCCGUUGGACAACGUUCUGUACAAAUUGGACACAAUUCUUGACAAACUGAACGAUUUCGUGAAUGAAGGCAGUCGCUUCGAUCUAAUUCCCGGCAAAACUAAUCACAUUGUGGAGAAGCAAAACGAAUUCGUCGAUCAAACCGGUGACACAUUGCAACGGGGGCAUUUCGCUGGAGUUCAGCGUUCGAAUAUCAAUGACAACGUUCUGUACAAAUUGGACACAAUUCUUGACAAACUGAACGAUUUCGUGAAUGAAGGCAGUCGCUUCGAUCUAAUUCCCGGCAAAACUAAUCACAUUGUGGAGAAGCAAAACGAAUUCGUCGAUCAAACCGGUGACACAUUGCAACGGGGGCAUUUCGCUGGAGUUCAGCGUUCGAAUAUCAAUGACAACGUUCUGUACAAAUUGGACACAAUUCUUGACAAACUGAACGAUUUCGUGAAUGAAGGCAGUCGCUUCGAUCUAAUUCCCGGCAAAACUAAUCACAUUGUGGAGAAGCAAAACGAAUUCGUCGAUCAAACCGGUGACACAUUGCAACGGGGGCAUUUCGCUGGAGUUCAGCGUUCGAAUAUCAAUGACAACGUUCUGUACAAAUUGGACACAAUUCUUGACAAACUGAACGAUUUCGUGAAUCAAGGCGGUCGCUUCGAUCUUAUUUUCGGCAAGCUUAAUCACAUUGUGGAGAAGCAAAACGAAGUUAUCAAAUUGCAACGGGAACUUAUCGCUGGUGUUCAGCGUUCGAAUAUCAAUGACGGUCCGAUGGACAACAUUCUGUACAAAUUGGAUCCAAUUCUUGACAAAAUCAGUAAAAUUCUCGACCAGCAAUCCGAGAAUAAAAAGUAA